CAAUGAAUUCCAUCCUUUCAUUUUGCCAAAAUGUUGAGCCAAAAAAGUGCUUUUAUUUUUCAGAGCACAGUCGUCCGUUUGUUCUGUCUGUGGCGAACUUGUCGCAGCCUACGGACCGCAGACUUGCGCCACCUGUGCCCUCACAUGCACACUGACGAUGACGAACACCCACACACGCACAUACAUUCCAUCAGUGCAGCUGUAGUCGUCGCCUUGCUGACAGAAACGGACGUGCUUUUGGAUGUAGCAGCCCGAUCCUCCGUUCAGCGAUGCUGUGAGCAGCUGUCAGCGGGCAGUGGAAAGUGAGCUGCGGGAAGUCAUGCGUCAGCCGCCUCUUCAGUAGAUCCUGCCUGAAACACAAAAAAUAUGGGGAAAGAUGAAGUCUGCAGUUCUCCUCUCAGGGUCUUCUACAGCCCUUCUGUGAUCACGGGCCCGCAUAGCGUCUUUCAUCCAUAUCAUUCCUUUUUCCAUUCACCCAUCCUUCCCCCUAUCAUGAAAGGCCUCUCUAGUAGUCGGAGUCACCAUCAUGUGGUCUCCUAUGAACCAUCAUAUGAUCCACUGGGUCAUCAUGUUGACCGCAAGCCAUAUUUGAUCAGUCAGAUGGACAUGCCUGUACCCAUUCCCAUGCCACAUCCAGCUGAGCUGCCCUACUACAAUGCUCAGCGUACCUCGUACCCCUCUGACAGCAACAGUAUCGUCCCAUAUGGAACCUUCCCAAGGAGGUGUCACUCCACCUCUUCAUCUCACCAUCCUGAGGUAAAGGAUGAGUGUAUGGCCAUGGUGCCAUAUGUAGGAGUAGGAGGAGGAGGAGGAGGAGGAGGUGGAGGAGGCUAUGGGGGUAAAACACCCACUCGGGUGCCAGCAAACUUUGCAGACCCGUUUGAGCGUCAGUCAUCAUUUUCCAGAGAUGGCUACCAUACACUGCAGUACAAACGAGGAGUGCUGGCUCACAGUGGGGGGAUGGGUGCAAACAACAACAACAACGACAGUCCGGGGAGAAUUCGCCACUUGGUCCACUCAGUUCAAAAACUCUUCACUAAGUCACAUUCAUUGGAGGGGCCACACCAUACACAGUCAUCUAAGGGGGCCAAUAAUGGGAGUGUUAAUGGUGGUGGUGGUGGUGGCGGAGGAGGUGGUGGUGGUGGUUCAAGGGCCAGCCCAGAAGGUGAAACUCCACCAGUAGGAGUGCGCCACAGGAAGCGCAGCAAGAGCCGCGAACGCUGUCGAUCAGCAGAGCCCAAGCAUCGAAGCCACCACCACCAUCACCACCAGCUCCACGGCUCAGCAUCUGCUCCAGGCUCUGGAUAUUGGAGUUCAGAUGACAACCUGGAACGGGAGCUGUGUCUCUACCAUCCCCACCACCACCAACCUCCGCCCUCACCCUCCCCCUCCAUUUCCCCCUCCCCUAUCGCCAUGACAAUGGGCCGGUACCCUGGCAACAACCCUGACAAGUUCCCCCAGACUCCCCUCCCUAGUCUCUCCUCCUCACAGUCCCAGCAGUACUUCAUGAUGGACCCUUAUGGUACACUCAACGAGCACACAUACACCCAUGCACACCAUGGCCACACACACCACCAUUCUGCACUCAAAGCUUCCCGGAGCAACAACGAUGUGAAGUAUGCAGCAUCGCCAUCAUGUGUGCCAGUUAGUGGUAGCAGCAAUAACAGCGGUGGCGGUGUCGGUGGAGGAAGUGGCCCCUUGCUGCCACUCAGUCUUGUGGACGGGCCCCUUGUGAAGAAAGGGGCGUGGUCAUCAAGCCUAACGGUGAGCAGGGCCCGAGAGGUCUACACCAACAACAGCAGCCACAACCAGCUACGAACCAGCGCAGGAUCCGGUAACCUAAACCUAGAUAGAGCUCUAGUCAAAUCUAAGGGCAGUCAGCAGCAGGAGCGCUCUUGCCAUUUCUUACAGGUACCUCAGGAUGAGUGGGGCGGCUUCCCUCUGGGGAAAGAGGAUGAUAUCCCAUGUCGGAGGAUGAGAAGCGGCAGCUACGUCAAAGCCAUGGCAGAGGACGACAGUGGAGAUUCUGACGGGAGUCCCAAACCCUCCCCUAAGAUACAGGCUCGCCGGGCCAGCUACCUGAAAGCCACACAACCAUCCCUGACUGAGAUGACCACGCUACAGAUUUCAACGGAACACUCCCCUAAACUGCAGAUCAGGAGCCACAGUUACCUGCGUGCGGUGAGUGAGGUUUCAAUCAAUAGAAGCCUGGAUACCCUGGACCCCAAAACCCUCCUCGACCCCAAAUCGCUGCUGUCCUCACCCCAAUACCGCUCACGCAAUGAAAGCUACAUGAGAGCCAUGAGCACCAUCAGUCAGCUGAGUGAGGUAGAGGUGAAUGGGCAGAUUGAGCAAGUGUGUGAGCAGGUCUACAGUGAGAUGCAGUCCCAGGCCAUGGAGGCUGCCAUGGACAGUAUGGACACCAUGGACACCCUGUCUAUGCCCGGAUGCUUUCGGAUGAGGAGCCACAGUUACGUCAGGGCAAUCGACCAGGGCUGUGUAGGGGAGGAGGAAGGAGAAGGAGGAAGACCACUGCUCCUGCUGCCAUCAUCCCCACCACGCACAUCUGCCACCACUGUCAGGACCAUUCAGAGCAGUACAGUUUCAUCUUGCAUCACCACCUACAAGAAAACCCCUCCACCAGUGCCGCCCCGAACCUCCACCUGCUCCACAGCCUCUAAGCCAUACAUCUCCAUCACAGCCCAGAGCAGCACAGAGUCUGCACAGGAUGCAUACAUGGAAGAGGAGGCCAGAGGUGACAUGACCAUCCAGUCAGGGCUCAGUAACUCAACAGAAAGCAUUGACAGCAUGAAGGCCUUGACAGCUGCCAUAGAAGCUGCUAAUGCCCAGAUCCAUGGACCAGCCAGUCAGCAUGUCAGUAACAGCACCAUGACAGUCGGUGCCCCUGGCCCCUCAAUCCUGAGCAGGGGAUCAGCAAUAGAAGACCACUGCGAUGAAUACAGAAAAGAAGCACUUAGGAAGGGCAAAUCUUCAAUAGGCAUCCAGGUGGAUGGACCAGAGGAAAUUCCUGAUCCAGAAGAUGCAUAGUUUACCUCUGUAGGUGUGCAAGUGGAAGAUGACAGAGGAUAUCGACGGUUUCAGCGCUCCAACAGUGUGACAGCAGCUGUACAGGCAGAUCUAGACAUGCCAGACCUAUUAGACACGCCUCUAGACUCCCCGGACGCUGACAUGGAAGUCUUAUCAUCCGGUGCCAUCUCUCGACAAUAUUCCCGUGAUGCCGCCACCUCCACUGUCAGUAUCCAGGGCUCAGGGAACCAUUACCACGCCUGUGCCUCUGAUGAUUAUGAGGAUGUGGGCUUUGACCCAUCCAUCCUCCCUCCUCCAGACCCCUGGAUAGACAGUGUAACAGAUGACCACCUUGAUGUCAGUUUCAACAGCUCUGCUAUUUUGGAGGUGGUGCAGCGAUCUGUGUGUCAGAGAGAUGGACGCUGGUUCCUGAAGCUACUGCAAGCCGAGACUGACCGUAUGGAAGGCUGGUGUCGCCAAAUGGAGCUUGACCAGCGGGAAAAUGACCUGCCUGAAGAUAUUCUUGGGAAGAUGAGGAGUGCUGUGGGAAGUGCUCAGCUUCUGAUGUCCCAGAAGUUUCAACAGUUCAGGGAGCUGUGUGAGGAGAACCUGAACCCCAACGCCCAUCCUCGUCCGGUGGCCUCAGACCUGGCUGGUUUUUGGGAUAUGCUUCAGCUGUCAAUUGAGAACAUAAGCCUCAAGUUUGAUGAGCUUCACCAGCUGAGGGCCAACAACUGGAGACCCUUGGAUCCUCCUGAGAGAAAGGAGAGGCGGCUCCCACCGCCAGUGCCGAAAAAACCACCCAAGGGCCCCCACCACCUUCCCCCUCUCGCCAGAGAACGCUCACUGGAGAGCUCAGAGAAACAGCGGCAGGAUGCCAGGAAGCGCCUGAUGGCCGCCAAGAGGGCAGCAUCUGUACGGCAAAACUCAGCUACAGAGAGCGCUGACAGCAUCGAGAUCUACAUCCCAGAGGCUCAGACAAGGCUAUGAGGACACUACCAGGGACAUACACAGUGAUGACAUGCAGAAAACAAGUACACACAUCAUACACAAAACACAAAAUGUAUGGUUGUCCAUACCAAGGUAUAGGGUGGAACCAAAUACAAAUCUUUUAUUUAAAUAUGCACAAUGCUCUAAACAGAAAUAUAUCUACAACUUUGCAGUAAUAUUUGCCCACCCCCACUGCUGAUGAACUGCCUAUAACAAUUAGAGUAAACGAAGCACUCAUAGGUUGUUGAUAAGAUAAGUAUCAGUACAAUACAGUAUAAAACAGUAUAGUACAUCAUGGAGACAAUCAGGAAUCUUUCUGCUAUCCAAGAAAAAACACAAGAACACACUUUUUGUAUUAAAACAGAGAGCAAAGGUAAUAUUUUCUAUUGUUCUUUGUGACAUAGUACAAUAAGAACAUCCCAUUGAGCAGAUAAAUGCCUCCUUAUAAGACAAAACUCCAUCAAGUCUAAAUUUCAUAUACAUUAUGCAACAAGACAGAUACCUGUAAAUCUUUUUAGGAAUCAGACAAAAAAGGACACUCUCUUACAUUUUCAUCAGAGUCAGAUUUAUAUUCAGUUUUUAAUCAGUUUUCACUAGAUUAGUUGCACUGUUUGAAAUAAAGAUUGGAAUUGCACAGUUGCAUCUAAUUAUCAGAAACUGAGGUCUAACACUGCUUGAGAUACUAAACAACUGAAGUUAAGGAGUGCCUUAUGAGUGUAUGCUAUAGGAUCAAACACAAUUUUUCAUUUUGUUUCCCUAAAUUCAUUUAUUUUUCUCCAUUCUCACGUACAUUAAUCAAAACCACACAAACAAAACCUAACAUGUAAAUACAUAACACAGAUAACACUACAUAACAUGAAAACUCCAUUUUGUUAAAAAAAAAUCAUAAAAUCUGCUCUAUUGUAAAUCAAAGUUCUUUUUCUUUCAACCUCUCUGUCUGUUUUAGUACUAAUCCUGAACUUUAAUUCAGACUCAGCUUAGACUUACUGUUUUCCGUUUUUAAAACUGGAAUUCAACGAUAAAAUCAUGUAUCAUUACUUGAUUAAAAUAUCUUAUCAUAUUGUUGGCAGUUAAUCUUAAACAAAUUUUACACUCGGGUUAAAAGCUGUGUUGUUUGCCCUCUUUGCUUAAAGGCUUUAGGUAUAUUUCAGCUCAUUCACCAUUGUUGAUGUGUGUGGUUUGGAUGCAGCAGCAUUGAUCUCAGAGGGCCUUCACACUAUCAUGUUCACUUAAGCAUCACUGGUGUUAGAUGAAAAGUCAAACCCCGGUUUGUCAGGAAUGAAGAGAUUUUCAGGGGCGUUAAGUUAGUAUAACUACAAUUACUACCUACUGUACUAAAGAAAUACAGUACCGUGCAAAGGUUUUAGGCACUCUAGGUGUUUAGAUUCUUAUUCAUCUUACAGUAACAUCAGGAGACAUCUGAUUGGUCCCAAAUUAAUGGUGCUGCAUGAGAACAAGCCCAGAUGUACUGCUAGACUUAUAAAGAACGUUCCUGCAACAGAUGGCCUGACCCACACUGAGCCUUGAUCUGAACAUCAUGGAGUCAGUCUGGAAUUUCGUGAGCAGACAAAAGACAGUAAGACAGCCUACACCCACAGAGGAACUAACAGGCAGUGGAAUAGGGGAGAGAAAGGAGAAUGAGCUAAUCGGCCAGGGGCAGGCUUAUGCCCACAAUCUACAUCUUAUGAGUCAGUCUAAAGUUACACUAAAGUCUAAGGUCAGCCAGAAAACUGUAGUAAAAGAGCCUGUACAGGUUUGCUUGAAAAAAUAGUAUACUUGGCCAUAUAGUGGGAUAAAGUGUUAGCUUACAACUGGUAACAGCUGUGUUCCAGCAUAAUUUGUUCAUAAAGACCAAGCCCACUGCCUGAAAUACAUUUUUUUCAUUGCUGUUGCAAGUGUAAUGGCUUAUAGAAGCCAUCUCUGCAUCCUGUUAUUCACAGUCUAGGUUCCAAAUAUAGGUGACCUAAACAAGAAUAUCAGAUAUAACAAACACAUACAGAAUGCAGAUUGGAAACAAACACUAUUGCCUUGUUUAUAAACCUGUAAAUAUCAUGCGUGAUUGCACUAAGAACUACAAAUGGUUCUAUGACCAUAAUUACCACAAGAAAUGUUAAAGGGUCACGUAGACAAACCUUUUUUUCACUACUUACAUAAAGUUCUGUGUCUUGGCAUGUUAUCACUGUUUGAUCCAGACAAAUGCAGCCGUAGAUGUAAAUAAAGUGGGUCAUAGUCACUUGACAGAAGACAAUCGCUUUAGGUUGUCUGCUCUAGUGCACCUCUACUAAUUUCAGAUCCACCUUAAAUCAUUUGGUUCUGGAACUAGGUCCGGCCCAAGAUGCUUGUAAAAUGCUUUACUUUUAGGUUCCAAAUGUUUUGCAAAGUAAUUGACAUUUUAAACACUUUAAUUCCAAAAACAUAGCAGAUUAGACUUAUGGUAGAGAAAAUCUACCAUGUACCCAGAGUACAUCACAAACUAAAAUAGUGAAGUCAACCCCUCAUACAGUAAGAUACACAGCGAAGCACUGCAUUAUAACCUUUCCAAACUAUGUGUGUUUAAAUUUACAACAACCAAAAUACUUUACCCCUCAGUCAGUUGACCGGAACUGAUAAGAGCUGUCAAAAUCUCUUAAACAUUCUGACCACUCCAAAUCAUUUCAGCCUUGUAAAUUGUGAGAUGAUGCCACUGUAAAUUAGACUUGUUGCAGCACAUUCCAACACCCUGUCAAUGGUUCUUGGUUGGUACAGACCAAGAGUUAGUUAUACCUACAGUACAAAGAAAAUGCAUUCCUGCACAAUAUCACUAAAUGUCAAAUGACUCCAUUGUGUCAACAGUAGUUGCAUUACUUCAAAUUUAAUCAGUUUGAGUAAGUAUUUGCUCUUCAAUAAAAUUAAGUACCGACAGUUUACAUUUACUAUAUUUAAAAUGCACCCCCACAGUUGGAACUCAGUGCAACAAAUGUCAGUACAGUAUUGAAAAAAAGUAUUUUGUUUCAAGUAUUUUCAAGUAUUUUCUCGAUAUGUCCACCUUUAUUUUGAUGACAAACACAAUCCUCUUCAGUAUGGAUGAUACCAGUGCUGCACAAAAUUCUGCAGAGACAUACUAGUUCAUAGUCUUCCCUUCUUCUUCUUUGGAAGCUCUUCUGUGAUUUUGGCAGUGUGCUUUGGAUCAGUAUUAUGCUAUAUUCCUCUUCUGCCAAGCCUCUAAAGACAAAGAGACAUCUUGGCAUCCAGUGUCUUUGUAUAUUCACAGGGUUCAUGGUGCUUAUACUAUCAUGUCCCAAACACCUUUGUACCCAUGCAACCACAUAUCAUCACACUCUCACCUCUGUGCUUCGUUUUCAGGACUAUGCAUUUACUGUGGUAGUCCUGGUCAGGUUCAUGCCAAACAUGCUGAACCCAGUCUAAGAUGAACAAAUUUAUCCUGGUCUCACUUGACCAGAGAAUGUGCUCCCAGUUUUCAGUAGGCUUCGUUUUAUUUUCUUUAGCUAAGUUUGUCUUGCAAGUUUUGUGCCAAAGAGCAAGAAAUUUUCUUUUGUUUGGGAGCCAUCUGUAGUGCACUCCAGUUUCCAUUGAAAACCCAUGUACCAAGUUUUAAACACGUGCCUGUUUGUUUCUUAGAGCUAGCUUUUCCAUGCCGCAGACUGUGCAUAGCAUACUAUGAUCUUAGGGCAGUCAUUGCCAAUUAAAGUACAAGUACUGUGGAUAAUUUUAUAGCUUCGAAUUACUGCUUCGAUGAAUUUUGGUUGAUAACCAAUCUUCAUGUAUCCCUUUUCAUUCUUUUUAAAGGAUACAUGCAAAAAUUAGAUUUUUUACUUUCACUGGCAAUUUAACUUUGAUACAAUACAGUAAGGUCCACAAUUAUUUGAACACAGACACCAUUUUCAGCAUUUCAGGUCUGUACACCAUCACAGUGGAUUUGAAAUGAAGCAAUCAAAAUGUGGGCUGCACAGUGGGGUAGUGGUUAGCACUUUCGCCUUGCAGCAAGAAGAUCUCGGUUUGAAUCCCGAGGUGGGCCUGGGAUCUUUCUGCAUGGAGUUUGCAUGUUCUCCCUGUGCAUGCGUGGGUUUUCUCCGGGCACCUCCCACAGUCCAAAAAUAUGCUGAGGUUAAUUGAUUACUCUAAAUUGCCCGGAGGUGUGAAUGUGAGUGUGAUUGUUUGUCUGUAUAUGUAGCCCUGUGACAGACUGGUGACCUGUCCAGGGUAUCCCUUGCCUUCGCCAGAGUCAGCUGGGAUAGGUUCCAGCACCCCCCACGACCCUAGUGAGGAUGAAGCGGUGUAUAGAGAAUGGAUGGAUGGACAAUCAAAAUGUGCUUUAAGUACAGACUGUCAGCUUUAAUUUGAGGAUAUUUACAUCCAAAUCAGGUAAACGAUGGAGGAAUUACAACACAUUUUAAAUGUGCCCACCACCUUUUAAUAAUUGGACAAUUGGCUGCUUGGCUCGUCCAUGGCCAGGUGCGUAUUAUUCACUGAUUAUUCCAUCGUUUGGAAUCUGAUGAGGUGAACUCCUCUAAACAUUAAGUCAUUUUCAGUGAAGCGAGCCAUCAUUAGGCUGAAAAAUCAAAACAAACUCAUCAGAACACAUUAAAACACACAGAAAAGACCCUGUACAGUUUUGGAACAACAUCCCACAGUUGAGACAAAGAUUAACUUGUAGCAGAAUGAUGGGAAAAGAAGAAUCUGGAGAAGGGAAGGAACUGCUCAAGUUCCAAAGCAGAUCAGUGAACCAUGGUGUUGGUAGCAUAAUUGUGUCAUGUAUGGCUGCCAAUGGAACUGGUUCUCUUAUAUUUAUUGAUGAUGUAACUGCUGACAAAUGCACCAAGAUGAAUUCUAAAGUGUUUCAAGCAAUAUUAUCUGCUCAUAUUCAGCCAAAUGCUUCAGAACUCAUUGGACGAUGCUUCACAGUGCAGAUGGACAAUGACCCGAAGCAUACUGUGAAGCAACCAAAGAGGCAAAGAAGUGGAAUUUUCUGCAAUGGCAAGUCAAUCUCCUAACCUGAAUCCAGUUGAUCUGCAUUUCACUUGCUGAAGACAAAACUGAAGGGAUAGAAGAAGAGGCCUGACAGAGUGUCUAGUGAUGUCUGUGAGUUCCAGAUUUCAGGCUGUCGUACGACUUAAAAGGAUUUGUAACCAAAUAUUAAAAGCGAUAAUUUCAUUUAUGAUUAUAUUAGUUUGUCCUAAUUAUAAUUUAUACAAAAUGUGUUGUAAUUCCUACACCGUUCACCUGAGUUGGAUGUAAAUACCCUCCAAUUAACCUGAAAAUCUGCACUUAAAGCACCUCCUGAUUAUUUCAUUUUAAAUCCAUUGUGAUGGUGUACAGAUCCGAAAUGCUGAAAAUUGUGUCAAAUAUUUAUGGGCCUUACUGUAUUCCCACAACCCAAAGGUACAAAAUUGAUCAAGUUCUAGUUUAUAUAGGUCAUCCUGUAAACAUGUACUCUGACAGUCAAUAGAAACUUUGAGACCAUAUUUUUCAACAUAAUUUUUAUUUUGAAGCCCGAAACUGGAUUUUCUUCAUAUGAAUCAUUUGUUUAGCAUAUCGGCAUACAGAAACAAAAAUCUAAAGUUUCAAGAAUGAUUUCAAAAUAAAGAAUUUCACAAAAGAAAAUGGCACCUGCCAAACACAAAGUCACAACAGUCAAUACCGAGUAUGGCCUCCAUUUGCUUCUAUACAGGCAGCAAUCCGUCGGCGCAUGCUUUGGACCAGGCUUCUGAUUGUGGGUUGGGAACAGCCCAUACGCCUGGCUACAUCACUGUAGCUCAAACUGGCCUCCACCAUACCCAGUGCACGGAGACGUUGUUCAUGUGAUAGACGUGGCAUGAUGCUGUUCACUGGACUAACAAUGGUGGCCUUUUUUGGGCCUUUAUAUAGGCCUUCAAAACCCAUUCUCAAAUUGUGCAGAUACUCACUGAGUAUUGCUUGGUGUGUAUUUGGUUCACUUUUGCAAAGUGACCAACCAUGCGCAAUGAAUCAUGACAAAAUGACAACUCAUUAUCACAACUUCCAGGGCACUAGAUCAUCAGUAAACCCACAAUGAAUAAUUACAACCCCCCUACAAGUAGAAUUUUGCCUACAUUUCUACCUCAAAUUUUCUAUUGACUGUCAGUAUACAUGCAAGCAGACUAAUUAGAAAUGCAAAGUGUAGUUGAGAAUUACGGAGCCCCUAAGGUGCCACGGACGAAAAAAAUAUAUAACUCGUGCUCACGAGAUACUAUUCGUGCGCACGAGAUACGAAAGCGUGCUCACGAGAUACGUAUUCGUGGGCACGCUUUAGCUUAAACGUGGUCACGUUUAAGUUAAAACGUGAGCACGAUAUGUUAAAGCGUGUGCACGCUUUAAGAUAAAACGUCAGCCGGCGGGAGGAGGACUCAGAUUUGGUAAAUAUCCCUGUGCGCACUGACCGUGCGGAGCCGUGUCUGCAGAGCUGUUCAUGGUCCUGAAUGCUAUACGUGCAGAGGAACACAGCAAUAAAGGGAAUUUAUUGUAGACAACGUAAUAUGGAGGCAGGUGGGUCUGAGGUGAGAGGGGAGUGAACCUGGAGAUGAGUUCGGUUCCGAGGAUGGUGAGCCGGGGAUCGGCGGCCGUCUUCGGUCCGGUGGAGGGAGACGAGUGUGGCGGCUGAUGGUAUUUGGAUCCCUGGCGGCAACGGAGUUGGAUUGGGGCGGAGAUCCAAGAGGAUUGGUGCCGGCAGGACGGAGCGGGCAGACGUAGAUGAGCAGCGGAGAGGUUCCUUCAGUCAAUGAUGCAGCGUUGAAGUGGUGGAGAGCGCCAGGCUUUAUGGGGGCACUGAUUGUUAAUUUUACCCGGCUGCGCUUCUCCGCACAGCCGUUCACAUCACACUGAUGAGCCGGCUCGCUGCAGCCAGAGGGGCGUGACAGUUUCUGUCAGAACCCUCUCUUCUCCCCGUUUCCUAUCUGGCAUCCAAAUACAUUUUCCCCAUCUUUUCCCCACUUCUCUCUCUCUCCCUCUCUCCCUCUCCCUCUCCCUCCCGGUUCCGGUCGGGUGUCUUUUAAGAGAGUGUGGUUUCGUGAGGAGAAAAAUUAAUAUUUUUUUUGGGAUAUACUGACUUUUCUCACCCGUUGUGCCUAGUGGACCUUACCUGUGUAGGUGUGCGCUGGCCGCCGGGUGAGCAUCAUGCCCGUGCCGGCCGGUGUGAGUGACUUUGAACAGCUGACACGCCGGCACGCUGUCAAGCUAGUUCCUAGCGGUAACUGUUCAGUGGAGGAAGCCGCCCUCGCCGUGGGAAAGGAGAUUGGAUAUAACAAUGUCAAAUCAGCCUCCCGGAUGAAUGGAGCGAUUGUGAUUUUCUUGUCCAGCACAGAGAAAGUUGCGGAAGCGGUGGAAAAAGGCGCUGAUAUCCAGGGCACAUACACACCUGUGCUUCCGUUGGUGAGUCCUACAAAGCGAAUCAUCAUCUCCAAUGCUCCACCGUUCAUUAGAAAUGACAUUUUAGUGAAAGAACUGUCCUGUUUUGGUCAAGUUGUGUCUCCAAUAAAGAUGCUGUCGCUGGGCUGUAAAUCCCCGCUCCUCAAGCACGUUAUCUGUCAUCGCAGACAAACGCUGAUGGUACUACGGGACAAUGAAUCUGAUCUUAAUGUUUCAUUUAGUUUCAAAAUAGAUGGCUUCAACUACAUGGUUUUUGCUACAUCAGAGACUAUGAAGUGUUUUGGGUGCGGUGCAGAGGGACAUUUAAUCAGGGCAUGUCCAGAGCGAGUGGAUGGCAAUGCGCCCGUGCGUAAUUACGCACAGGCUGCUGCUCCUGCAGCAGCCUCCGCCGAUCCAAGCGUGGCGGAGCAGGUCACAGAGGCUGAAGUAGAUGAUCCGGAUGUUGUAGCUGCUCCUUCUGUAGAGCCCACGGACGCACCAUCGGGCCCCCCGCCUGCAGUGGCGGGUUCGAGUACAGACCUCUCCAUCGACGUCGAUCUCUCUCUCUCUCUCUCUCCCUCCCUGUUACCCGCACCGAAUCCUCCAGACGCCGUGAAACCCCCUGAAAUCCCCUGAAAUCCCCUCCUAAUUCCGGUACUCCUAGUGCCCCCCUGGAAAGCCUCCAUCUCCGUUCAGCUGGUUCGUCGUUCCUCCCUGCCUGGAUCAUCUACGUCUGCCCGCUCCAUCCUGCCGGCACCAAUCCUCCUCGAUCUCCGCCCCAAUCCAACUCCGUUGCCGCCAGGGAUCCAAAUACCAUCAGCCGCCACACUCGUCCCCCUCCACCGGACCGAAGACGGCCGCCGAUCCCCGGCCCACCAUCCUCGGAACCGAACUCAUCUCCAGGUUCACUCCCCUCUCACCUCAGACCCACCUGCCUCCAUAUUACGUUGUCUACAAUAAAUUCCCUUUAUUGCUUCCAUACCUGCCUCGGUGGUGUGUUCCUCUGCACGGGUCCAGCCUUGUGACAGUUUCAGUGUUUUAAUAAGUCUGUUGCUUGUCCUGUGAAUACUGCUGCUUUAGGAAACACUACAGCUGGAGCUAAGGUUAACGUUUAGGAAAGGGAGCCUGAUGAAAAGGAAACAUCAGCUCGACCUGAUGGCAGGAGGAGUCUGUGAAAGCUGCACCGGUAAAAUAGAAGCGACCUGUCAAAUUUACACUGGUAGAGACGGCGUCUGGAUCCGGAUUCGGACCUCGGUCCGCCUUUUAGUGAGCCCUGUUCUCAGCCAUACAGCUUCACCGCUUCCUAACACAGAGAAGACAAAUUUAUGAACGGGAAAGUGAACGUUAUGUCAAUAAAACUUAUACAUAUGUUUGCACAUUUUUAAGUGGUUAUAUGGAAAUUCGGGACCUUUUCUAGUGGGUAUAAGGCGUAUACCUGCGUGUUUACACCCCUGGGUAUGCAGAUCUUUGCGCAUUUUUAAGUGGGUAUACGGAAAUUUGGACAAUUUUCUUGUGGGUAUAUGGCGUAUACCUGGGUAUCACACAGACCCCUGCUUUCUCCCUCCCUCGCUCUCUCUCUCGCGCGCGCGCUUAAAAUGAUUGCAAAUUUCACUCAGUUUGUGAUAACUGUGGAGCAUAGGCUAUAUAACGGCUCUCAUGCCAGGAGCAUAUUAUUUAGGACUUUUCCCAGUAACUAGUAAGGCAUCACGUUAUUUCCAGACAUGCUGUUUUAAGUUAACCCGCAACAUGAAGUAUACCUAUUUUGUUUUAAAACAUUAUUUUAAGCUCUGUGCUCUGUUUUCCGUUGUGCAAAGUUAUUCUUACUUUGAUUUGCUUGUCUGACUAAAUAAGGGGAUUAAUCAGUAAGGACAGCUCUGGUAAAAAGGUCAGUAAUAUUCAGGACCAUGAACAGCUCCGCACAGCCUCAGCCGCAGAGACGACUCCACACGGUCAGUGCGCACAGGGGUAUUUACCAAAUCUGAGUCCUCCUCCCGCCGGCUGACGUUUUAUCUUAAAGCGUGCACACGCUUUAACACAUCGUGCUCACGUUUUAACUUAAACCUGACCACGUUUAAGCUAAAGCGUGCCCACGAAUAAGUAUCUCGAGCGCACGCUGUCGUAUUGCGUGCGCACGAAUAGUAUCUCGUGAGCACGAUUUAUAUAUUUUUUUUGUCCGUGGCACCUUAGGGGCUCCGUAGAGAAUAGAUAAAUUAGAAUAGAAUUAAUUUAUUGUCACUGCAAAUUUUGCAGGUGAUCAAUUUUUGAAUCAUAACAUUUAAUUGUUGUUGCAUUGGGACAUGCUCUGUAACAGUUGUAGACUCAUGGUUUGCAGCAUAGCUGCAAUGCUGGAGCACCUUUUUUGAAUACAUUUCCAAUUUCCCACUUGUGAAUUCCAGCAGCCAUCAUUUUUAUGACACAAUUAUGCCUGUGUUACAACUACACAAGAGCAACUGCUACACUGUUUCUCCAUAGUGCAUACGCAUAAAAAGAAUCACCGAAGUUGAACGAAAAUAAAUAUCACUUAAUGAGUGUCACUUACUUCACAUUGUCCUUUUUGGAGAAUUGUAAGUUCUUCUUGUCCACCUGAUGAGGAAGAUUGUGUGAUAUAAUCUAAUGUGGUAAAACCAAUGGACCUUGUGUUGAAAUUAUUUUUGAUUGGUUAAUGUCAGUGACAGAUAGCGGUUAUUGAUUAGGGAUCAGGUAUCAGUUUGCAUAAAAAACAAGUGUGCUUUUUGGUUCAUUUAAAAUAACAGUGUGUGGAAACUCCAUACAUAGGACUAAAAAGGGAGGGUCCAGCAUCCAACAGUUUUUCAUAAUGUUCCACAAGACAUUCAUUACUGCUUUGCACAGUGCUUCCUUGGAUAUGCCAGCUCCAUCUGCAGUCUUCACACAUCUACAGUACAUUUCAUAUGAAAACUUUAAUUUUGCAAUUACAGAGAGCCAGUAGAGGAGACCUAGAGCAUAUAGAAGUACUUUAAUUUACAUAGUCUGACAUCAAGAUUUAUAAACAAGUUAAUCCAAUCCAUAUUCAACUCCUUCAGAUUAACAAUUUUGAUCAGAUCACACAGAGCUUGGCUUGAACUUUGCUUGAUGUGCAAUAUAUAUUAAUAUCCUCCAAUCAUGCAUCUGUACAGAGGUUAUGGACAAUCUUACAUAAACAUACAAUGAUAAUAAUCUUGUGUCAUAUGAAAACACUUUACACGCACACCGGUUCGUGAAUUUCCCCAGAGGGAUCAAUAAAGCUGAUCUUACACCCACAUAUAAUGAACAUAUUAGUAUUUACAGGUAAUUUGUUCAGGUCUGGUAGCUGUAUGAACACUGCAGGCUGGUGUAGUAUAAAAUAGUGUCUCACUUCUAUCUGGAGAAGAGAAUGCUGUAGCCACUGCUUAUCUUUCAUUUUCCUCUCCAUCUCCACACCACAUCAGUUCUUACUAGAAUUAAGAACUCAUUCAAUUCUUAGUGGGUAAUCUCUUGUGGAUGAACCCUCUUGACAAAGGGUAAAAUGUUUCAAAGGAAAAAAAUCAAUAGUUUUACAAAUUAAGAUGUAUUUUUGUUGUUCUUGUCAGUCUUUUUGGCUGUGAUCAUUUACUUACCUUUUAACUUUGGGAGUCACAGUGACAGGUUUACUAAAACACUUCUCCGAUUUGUUUUCAGGGAAGAUACCACACAAUUACUAAUAUUGUUGAGAAAUGAACUGAUAUGAGUAAUUGUAUCACCACCUGUGCAAAGAUUGAGCAUCUUCAAUCUUCUCCUUCUUUGGUUUGAUUUUCAUGUCCCUUGUUUUUCCUCUGGUUUCAAGUUGAUUUGUCUUUUAGAUGGCACAUUUAGACUGAAGCAAUAUUGGUGAUGAUAGUGACUUUUAUGGAAGUGCUAAUAGCUUUACUAUGUGACACAAGCCCCAAAAGUAAUAGGAUGAAAUAAGUCUAAAUGCAGUACUGAGCUCAUUGUGUCUCACAAUUAGUUACUACAUUGAUGGAAACAAAAUAUUGAAUUGGUCUUUAUAAUUUAAAUUCUUUCAUUUUUUCUUUGGAUACAGAUUUACACAAGGCAUUCCAAAAUUGAAGUAGAUUGAAUAAAUCUAAUUUAAAACUGGUAGUUAGAACUUCUUUUAGCGGUUUAAAGAUGCAGAAUAUGUUUCUUUGCAUCUCCUCAACUGCUUAAUUUUAGAUACAAAGGGCUAAAAGCAGUAGUAGUCUAGUGAUUGCUAAACCACAGCUUCCAAUCACCUGGAGGUGUUAGGAUUGUGGGGUGUGGAGAACCCAGGCGCAGACAUUACAGACAGAACACUGGGCAUAAUGAAAAGGAUUUAUUAACAAAAUCAAAAAUCACUACAAACUGAAAGCAGGACUGAAGUGGACACAAAAAACAAAACUAGACGGUGGCAAACGACAAGGCUACAAAGGUACUUACAGACGGAGAAACAAACAACUAAGGCAGGAGCAAACUGGAGUCCAACAAACAAUUGAGUCCAAAGGGGGUUAAUCCAGAAAAAGGUGAAAAGUGAAGAAGUCCAAAACUGAUGUGAUCCAAAGCACAGGAAAACAGGGGAGCGAGGUUUGAACCUGCAUGUAAGUCCCACUAUGCGCCAGCAAAGAACUGAGGGAAAGGCAUUGCUUAAAUAGGAGGGAAGGAGACCAGGUGAUAUGAGUGGAGUUAACUGACUGCAGCUGACAGUGAUCAGUUAAUGAGGUGACAGAGCCAGGGGAUGAGCGACUGGGAGAGAGACAGAAGGAUACAGAGACACACAUGCCCAAAAACACACACAAACGACAAUAACCAUAACAGGAGGUUAAUUAAAGUUCUGUGAACAAAAUUAUUAUUUCAGUCCUGCAGUUUCCCCCAUCACGUCACAAUGACAGCUAACUAUGACUUUUAUUUUCAAAUUAUAGAAUUUAAUUGUACACUGCAUCUUUGACCAACUUUGAAAUUAAACAGAAAGGCAUUCUGGGGAGAUAUGACAUCUUAGAUGGAAUGAGAUUAUGUACUACUGUACAUUAAACAACCACAACAUUUCAGCCACUGACACAUGAUGUGACAAUACAAUGUUCUGAUGGGAAACCUUGGGUCCUGGUAUUUAUGUGGAUGUUUCUUUGAUAUGUACCACCCACCUAAACAUUAUUGCUGACCAGACACACAACAAGGAACACAACAAGAGCUCAAGACAUUGGGCUAGCAACCAAACUCCUGCUGCCAGACACCACAGGAUACCCCCAGAGGCAUCAAUGAGUUAAAGGUUACUUUGGGGGUCCUGGUUUUAAUCUUGUGGUUGAUCAGUGUAUAUUACUGUUUUUACAUUACUAGAAAACUUUUAGCUUCAGUUAGGAGUUUUGACAAUGAUUGCAACUCUAAUUGUUAUUGAAAGAUAAUUAAACUCUACUGACUGCAGGCUUGGUCAUAUAAGUCACUGACAGGUUGACAUUGCUUCACCUGCUACUGCAUUACAUGCACUGGCAAAGGUUCAUUAUCAGUUACACCGGCUAGCUGUCUCACUAACUAAAAUGCCAGUCAUUAAAUGUAUAUUACCAUGAUUUUAGACUCUGGAGCAUCCUUCUCAGAACUCAGAACUCUGGACAGUAAACAUAUCUUUGCUUUAGAUUUACUGAGAUAUGUUCUAUAUUAACAUUUAUUAAAAAAUGUGAUAUCAAAACAGUAAGCAAGUACAUUUUCAGACCUUGACGACUGACAGUGCUAAUGAUAAUACCCUCAGCUUAAGUGCAUUUAUUAAAAAAAAGACUGUGUUAAAAUAUAAAUGUGACCAGGCUCGUAGUGACAUGAAGACAUGCUGAUGGUCUUUGGAAUAUGUCAGAUUAUUCUCUUAAAGGAAUAGUAGUAGAGGUUAAUUGUAUUAUUUUUAUAUCUUAUGUAGGUUCCUUUUGUCUGGUGAAAGCUAUUUGAAAUAACAUACAGAAAUGUACACUCAAUCAACAAACAAGGCAUGCUGAGAGGUUUAUAACCAUAAAAAUAAAACACUAAUUUUAGAGUGUUACAAACACAUUUACACUGUUAAAAUAUGCUGUCAUUUCUGCAGCUGUCACUUUCAUGAGACACUUUUGUGAUUUAAUGCAUGGGAGUCAGUUUGCUCUCUGUUUUGGGUAAACUAGACUCAGUUUGUGACAGUAGUAUAGUGUCCACAGGAGCUUUGUUAAGUCUAAAAGUACACCCCCUAAUGAUGAUUAUCUUAAGAUGGAUUGUGUUACAAACUGGAGAUAAAUGCUGAUAAAUGAAGAGACACUUUCGCUUUGCAUUAUGGGAAAUUAAGUAUCCAACCUUUUUAGUGCAUGAUCCAUAAGGAGGACUAAAAUCAGGGUAUCUUGGGCCAUUUGUCUAAAAAUUUCUAUUGUGACUCUGAUUUAUGCAAGUGUAAUUCUAAGUAUUGGUUGUAACGCUAUAGUUGGAUCCUCCUUUUAAUUCUACAGGGGAAGAAAAGCUAUUUAAAAGCACAGCAAAUGUAUUUAUUGAACAUGGAUUUAUGAUGUUCUAUGGAGGACGUCUCCUUCAGUGAAUACAGCAGGACUGACUUUGGUCACAGAAGUGAAUAAACACUCAGCUUUGAUGAGAAGCUGCCACUUGUUACUUCUACACUUUUUUGGACUUUCUGAUAUGAGUGCUAAAGUGCCAUAAGAAAACAUUCCUAAUUCAUCUGGGUUUCAUAUUCCACAGCUGGACUCCACGGGACAGCUGAGCCAGACCUGGUUCUAGCAGUGACAAAGAAAAAAUGUGUGGGGCUAAAAUGAGCCACUUCAUGUUGUUUAUCUGUAAAGAACAAAAAAAAAAGGCCAUUUAUACUCUUACUACUUAUGCCAACAUUUAUUGUAACAACCUCUUAUACAACUGCCAUUCAUUGAUCCAGAGGAACAAUCUGGAAAUCAAGUGCAGGAUUCAGAGGAUUCUACAGAUUAUUCUAUAAUGAUGAUGAUGUUUUGUUAAUGAAAGUAUUCUGUAUUUAUUUUUCCUUUCGAAAAAAAAAGGAUUAGUUGUGCGUGUGUGGGGGGAAGGGGUGUAAUUUUGUACAGGAUCCAAUUACCUCUGUGUUGAAAUGAUAACAGUGAGCCAUAUUCCAUGUGAGAUCCACUUCUAAUCAAGAGGAAAGGGCCAUACAGCUGCUGAAGUAGUAUGUUUUGUUUUGGGUUUUUUCUUACCAUUGAAUUAAUUAUUCAUUUUGUGUUCCUGUAGCAAGCUAACUGUCUGUGAUUUUAGGAGGAAGUGUAGAGCAGUAACAAUGUGACAUAAAUGUAAGCAGGGGAAACGGACAGAUUUUUAGUGUCCCACUUUGUUAAAUCCUGGAAACUUCUCAAAUGAAAAACUUGAUGAGUCUUUAGACACGAUACCAUUAGAUUUUAGAUUUUUAAACCUAAAUACUGACAUCAUUCUUGGAAAUGGAAAAAUGUCUGGCAGAGAAUGGCCAAACCUUCAAACAGCUAUGGUUUAAAAAUAAAAGGUUGAAAACUGUGAAAGAUAAGGGCUGCCAUUAUUGUAACAAGUUGUUAAUAUAAUUUUUAAAUGUCAUUUUCUGUUUGUUUGCAUGAGAUCUGGAUCAAAAUUAGAAUUGAAAAAACCCAACUAAACAUUAAAAAAGUUUUUUAAAAAAAACAACUGAAGAAUGACAAUGUCAUAUCUUGGUUAAAAGAAUUUCUGCUUUUUUUAAACAAUUGUUAUGAAAAUGUACUUCUUAAUUAUAUAUUAAAACCUGCAACUCAUACCAUUUCUUUAUCAAUGUUUGUAUUACUAAUAAAAUCUGUAUAUGAUGAAAUUAUGCUGACAUUAUCAGCAAAUGAAACUUUACUUAAAAUUAACUGUGAUUUUAAAAUUUGAGUUCAAUUUUUUUUCUUCUACUUUAAUGUCUGAAUUUUUAAUUAAGUGUUGCUCUACUAAAAGUUAAAUAAUAAGCUGCCUUUUAAUUUCAAAUUGUUUAUUUGUCUUUUCCAUAUUGGCAGUCCUUUAUAGAUGACAACCUUGGAUGUAAUGCUGUUAAAAACCACUGUAACUCCAAACAAAUGCUGUGUUUGAGCUUUGUGUGUGUGUUUUUUUUUCCUCAGGAAGAGAUGGGAAAUGUAGUCUACAAAAUCAGGGUCUCCCAGACAUGAUGAUCUGUUACUCUAACUGUGUGUAUGUGUGUAUGUGUGCGUGUGUGCGUGUGUGCGUGUGUGCAUAUGUGUUAAGGAGUUCAUGUGUAAGGUUUGUACAUGUUUCAUGUGUAUAUAUUACCAUUUGGAAGAUGCACUGUGUGUCUUUAAAAAGUGCUUCCUGAGUACCUUGUUUUUUAUGUCGGGCCUUUCCUCAGUACGGUCUAGUAGCCUCAUAGAGUCAUUCUGUAUAUUAACUCUCCACUUGUACCUGCGACCAAUCUCUUGUGUUUGUACAGAAAAUGAUGGGGGUGUUUCAUGACGCAUGCAGACACAGUAUUAUACUUAUGAAUCUAUAUCUAAGUUAAAAACAUGUAUUUGGUUUAUUUAUGCUCUUAUUUAUUGAUUUUUCAAACUACAACAUUUUGUUGAAGUGGUUAACCAUGCUCUUCUGAUCUUUUGUUGUAUUGUAAAGAAACAAUUUUAUGUCCAUAACUAUUGAUGAACCCAUAAUAAAAUUAACUAUCAACUCUUA